CGGCAGCUAAUUGGUAAAUGAACCUGUUUCCGUGAACAAUGCUUAUAAGAGACAACAUUUCUCAAGGCUAUCUCAUCAACCUGAGAGUUUGAACCUGUCUGGGCACCCUCCCCACUCGCCCAGGUCCCUCCACCAGGCUCCUCACAGCACUCAUGGCAGGUGGCACUGGGGGAGAGGAGGAGGAGAGGGGGAGCGCCUGGGGGCUCCAUUCUCUGGUAAGCUUGUCGCAUGGUAUUUCCCGCACCUUCACAACAAGCCUGUGCAGUGGGCGCCUUUAUUCUUUUUCACAAUCAGGAAACUGAGUCUCGGGUUGAGAAGUUGCCCAAGUGCCCACGGGCACCACCGUGGAAUUCAGUACUGGCUCCAGGCAGAGCCCAAACUCCCAACCGGCAGACGACACAAUACACGAUGGCAGGUGGGUGGAUGGAUGGAUGGAUGGAUGGACGGACGAAGGAUGGAAGGAUACACAGAUAAACGCUGGGUGGAUGGAUGAGUGAAUGAGGGAGAAGCAAGCACCAAGGGUCUUAAGAGAGAGCAACUUGUGUCCACAGAAGCAGUCAGCAAGGCUCUAUGACAGUGGCAGAGCUGAAACUAAGAACAUCACCUUCUUCUAGCACUCGAAAAACCGUAUUUGGUCACCCGGUGAUAAGUAUUUCACCAGGAACAGUGCAUUGCCAAAUCCGCAGGGCUUGCCGGGAGGUGGCAAAGGAACAGACCGCGUGGCAGGGAUGCUGAGACGCUCUGUGUAGCAGGCAGAGGGCUGGGGGGCGGGUGGGGGAUGGAAGUGCUGGCCCUUUAAUGGCCAAGCCCAGGGCUCUGGAUUCCGAUGGCAGUUGAUGAGGGAGGGUUGCAGAAGAAGAGGGACACAGGGCUUCCAGGAACUGUUCGCCAGCUUUGCAGACUAGACGGCCCACCUCUGCUGGGCCACCAUUUUCCAGGGAGUUGCUGUCACUGCCUAGAGACCCCCAAGGCUCCCGCCAGCCCAGGUGCUGCCCAGCUGGGCCCAGAAAUGGGACGUCAGGCCUCCGAAAGGAGCACAGUGGAAGCCAGGGCGUCCCCGAGCCGCUGCUGUGACGGCCAGUGAGCGAGCAGCGGAGGAUGUCCACCACCGCGACGGUCGCCCCCACGGGGAUCCCGGCGGCCCCGGGCCCUGUGAACCCGCCCCCGCCGGAGGUCUCCAACCCCACCAAGCCGGGCCGCAAGACCAACCAGCUACAGUACAUGCAGAAUGUGGUGGUGAAGACGCUCUGGAAGCACCAGUUCGCCUGGCCCUUCUACCAGCCCGUGGACGCCAUCAAGCUCAACCUGCCUGAUUAUCAUAAGAUAAUAAAGAACCCGAUGGACAUGGGGACUAUCAAGAAGAGACUAGAAAACAGUUAUUAUUGGAGCGCGAGCGAGUGUAUGCAGGACUUCAACACCAUGUUCACAAACUGUUACAUUUAUAACAAGCCCACAGAUGACAUAGUGCUAAUGGCCCAAGCCUUAGAGAAAAUUUUUCUGCAGAAAGUGGCCCAGAUGCCCCAGGAGGAAGUUGAAUUAUUACCCCCUGCUCCGAAGGGCAAAGGCCGGAAGCCGGCUGGCGGAACCCAGAGCGCAGGUACGCAGCAAGUGGCGGCCGUGUCCUCUGUCACCCCAGCAGCCCCCUUUCAGAGCGUCCCCCCCACCGUCUCCCAGACGCCCGUCAUUGCCGCCACCCCUGUGCCAACCAUUACUGCAAACAUCACGUCGGUCCCCGUCCCCCCAGCCGCCGCCCCACCUCCUCCCUCGACGCCCAUCAUCCCCGUGGUCCCUCCCACACCGCCUGUCGUCAAGAAAAAGGGUGUGAAGCGGAAAGCAGACACCACGACGCCCACGACGUCGGCCAUCACCGCGAGCCGGAGCGAGUCGCCCCCGCCGCUGUCAGACCCCAAGCAGGCCAAGGUGGUGGCGCGGCGAGAGAGCGGGGGCCGCCCCAUCAAGCCGCCCAAGAAGGACCUGGAGGACGGCGAGGUGCCGCAGCACGCGGGCAAGAAGGGCAAGCUGUCGGAGCACUUGCGGCACUGCGACAGCAUCCUCAAGGAGAUGCUGUCCAAGAAGCACGCGGCCUACGCCUGGCCCUUCUACAAGCCGGUGGACGCCGAGGCGCUAGAGCUGCACGACUACCACGACAUCAUCAAGCACCCGAUGGACCUCAGCACCGUCAAGAAGAAGAUGGACAGCCGCGAGUACCCAGACGCGCAGGGUUUCGCAGCUGACAUCCGGUUAAUGUUCUCCAAUUGCUACAAGUACAACCCCCCGGACCACGAGGUGGUAGCCAUGGCCAGGAAGCUCCAGGACGUGUUUGAGAUGCGGUUCGCCAAGAUGCCGGACGAGCCCGCGGAGGCACCGGCGCUGCCCGCCCCUGCGGCCCCCGUGCUGAGCAAGGGCGCCGAGAGCAGCCGCAGCAGCGAGGAGAGCUCCUCGGACUCGGGCAGCUCGGACUCGGAGGAGGAGAGGGCCACCAGGCUGGCGGAGCUGCAGGAGCAGCUGAAGGCCGUGCACGAGCAGCUGGCCGCCCUGUCGCAGGCCCCAGUGAAUAAGCCAAAGAGGAAGAAGGAGAAGAAGGAGAAGGAGAAGAAGAAGAAGGACAAGGACAAGGACAAGGACAAGGAGAGGCACAAGGCGAAGUCCGAGGACGACAAGAAGGCCAAGGUGGCCCCGCCUGCGAAGCAGGCCCAACCGAAGAAGCCUCCCGCCAAGAAGGCCAGCAGCACGGCCGCGGCCAGCAGGCAGCCCAAGAAGGGCGGCAAGCAGGCGUCAGCCUCCUACGACUCGGAGGAGGAGGAAGAGGGCUUGCCCAUGAGCUACGACGAGAAGCGCCAGCUCAGCCUGGACAUCAACCGGCUGCCCGGGGAGAAGCUGGGCCGGGUGGUGCACAUCAUCCAGUCCCGGGAGCCCUCACUCAGGGACUCCAACCCUGACGAGAUAGAGAUUGACUUUGAGACUCUGAAACCCACCACGUUGCGGGAACUAGAGAGAUACGUCAAGUCUUGUUUACAGAAAAAGCAAAGGAAGCCAUUCUCCACAAGCGGGAAGAAGCAGGCGGCCAAGUCGAAGGAGGAGUUAGCUCAGGAAAAGAAGAAGGAGUUAGAGAGGCGGCUGCAGGAUGUCAGCGGACAGCUGAACAACAAGAAGCCUGCCAAGAAAGAGAAAGCGGGCUCCGCGCCCUCGGGAGGGCCGUCCCGGCUCAGCAGCAGCAGCUCGUCCGCGUCCGGGAGCAGCAGUUCCAGCGGAUCCAGCUCCGACAGCAGCGACUCGGAAUGAGCUCUGGACUCACAGAACGGCACAAAACCAGCGACGUCGCACACGCCCCAACUCUGCAGUGUUCCCUUCUAUGGUUAAUAUACUACUUUUGUUCCA